GAGAGCCUGGUCUUAAGUCCUGACAAGAUCCAAAGAGUGUAUGGAAGGAACUAUGCCUCACCAAGCUCUGCUCUUGGUUCUAGCUAUCCUGCUGGCCUACUGACCCCAGUGGGGGUUAGUUCAGGAGGUCCAAUGACCUGUCCACACUAUUUGCAACAUGGACAAACUGCAGAUAUUCUAUCACAGCUGUGACCCUUUACAGGACAUUGGCAUCAUUGUUAACACAUGCCUUCCCAUGCCACCAUCCUACAAGGGCAAUUUGAGAGUGUCACUUCUGCUUCGGCAGUCUAUUGAGGAGCUAUACCUGUCUACUAAUGUGCUCACAGGAGUGGUGGCUCCGUCAUCCCAUGACGAGCCCCUGUGCCUGCCCGAUUUCCCCCGCUUCUCCUUCUGCUCCUGGAAGAAAGGAGAAUUUAUUAUGAAAAACCGGUGAAGUUGAAGAAUCUGGACAAUUUACCACUGGGUCAACAGGAUGUGCAUGUUGUUUUGGUGAACCAAUAUGGUUACCACAUUGCCUGCUUCAAUGUCACUUUCAUAAAAGAUAGGGGAGACAAAGGUUUAAUAUGAAUUAGAUUACAUAAGGGAUGAGAGGAGAAUAAUAAAUCAUUUUGGCCAUAUUUGGUCAAUAGUUUUAGGAUAGUGUGGUGAAUGCUACGGAAAUAACGAACAAUGUACUGAGAUAUUAGCUGUGUUUGCAAUACUUUAGAUUUGUCAUUCUAUAAACAUAUAGAAUUUUUGGACACAGAUUAAGCCUAGUAUUAGAUUUAAAACUACUUUGAAUGAAGAAUCUCUCUUAAACAUGCUUCUUCUUAGUCUAAAACUACGCUUAAUCUGUGUCUGGGAAACUGGCCCAUGUACAAAACGAAACCACGUACAAAACGAAACCAUUUGAAUGAAACUGACCUGCAUCAUAAUUCAAAUAACAUUAAUUAGAAACCCAUGUUUUGUGAAAGUGAAUAAUGUCAGUCUAAAUACAGUUUGUUCAAGUAUACAUUCUUGUAAAUAAGUUAUUUCUUAUUUGCUCUGCAGGUUCUCUGAUUCCCUUGCUACAUAUUUCAACAAACAAAUUAGGUUUCUUAACGUUCUUCUGACUACUGAUGAUUCCAAAAUUAAACUCUUACUUAAACUAAACACUUCAAAAGCAAACAUGUCCUCUGACUGAGUAGGCAUACAUCAGCAGUUUCCAGUCUGGUCCACUAGAGGGCCCACUCUUUUCAGUGUGAGACAGUACACAGAUAAUUCUCCAUGCCAAACGUGAGAAGUUCCUUGUUGGUUUUAUUGUUGACAUAAUUUGUGAACCCAUUACUGUAUCCUGUUACAUCAAUGUCACUGUGUUAUUUAUCAAUAAAGGUGCUCUGUGGUCGAAUUGGACAGUGAUGCUAUUUUAGCUGGAUGUUGAUACAUUGUUGCUUUUGGUGAUUGUACGUGUGAAUUUGGAUACAUUGUUAUAAGCAAUACAAUAUUAUUGUUUCCAUGUAUUCAACUUUUUAUUGUCUUUGUAGACUCCUUUUCUCUUUGUCAAAUGCUUCACUCACUGUGUGGACUUUCUAAGCAGAAGAUGGCUUGGGUCAUUAUC